GUGCCCUGACCAGGAAUCAAAUAGUGAUCUGGAUCCUAGGUCAAUGCUCAACCACUGAGCCACCCCAGCCAGACCAGGCCUCUCUUUAUCCUCAGUCUUCUCAGCGACUAUCACUGGUUUGGGGAUGAUUAGGCUUCCCUCUUCAGGCCCAUGUUUCAGCCUUUUCGAGAACUUCUUACCAGAGCUGCCUGCUACCACCCUAUCUCCUCUGAGGGUGCCAAGCUUCCUCUUUCCUCUCACCCAGUCAGAGCCCACCCAUCUCACCAGCCUCCUCCCCCACCUCCAGGCUCCAAUGGCAGUGCAGGUAGUACCACUCAGCAGUGUGAACCCCUGGCCUCUGCCCUCGUUGUCAACAGGUACUUUGUGGCAGGUCCCGCUCCCUGAUGUCACUUCCCUGCUUAUAACCCUGCAGUGACUUCUGAUUGAACAUUAAAUAAAGCCCAGACCCCUCACCUGGCUGACAGGCCCUGACAGCCCACUCCUCACCUCCACCCCUGCAGCCCUCCCAUUAGCUACACUGUAGCCCUUUUCUCUUCCUCAAGCUUGCAAGCUGGUUCCUCCUCAGAGCCUUUGCUCCAGCUCUUCCUCUGCCUGGACCUCCCACAUCAUCCCAGGGCCUCCCCAAAAUUCAGUUCUCAGCUCCAAGGUGGUCUUCCUCACUGCCUCACUCCCUGGCUGCAGUCACAUUUUCCCAACUUCUCCAGACCCAUCCAGACAUCUGCAUUGGUUGCUCUCUUUUCCAUAAGAGGUGGGUGGGCCAUGUGUCUGUCCUUGGUGCAGGGCUGUGGUGUGGUAGUAGGUGCUCAGAUGAAGGAUGGAAUGGGGGUAGAGGAAAGGUGGUAUCAGAGCAAGAAGAGGUGGUCUCCGGCAUGGUGGGUGGCGCGUGGGUGAUCUCUGGUCUUUCUCUUGGUUCUCCCUGGUCCGUCUUCCCUAGCUCACAGCCUGCGUCCUGCUCCUGGACACCCCCACCCCCCGGCAGUGCAGCAGGUUGCUGUGUGUCUCUCUCUGUCCCGUUGGCACUGCUCACUUGUGCUGCAUUCCCAUCACCAGCGAGCAGCAGGUUCUCGGUGCGUGUUUUUGGAAGGAAUGACUUAAUUAUAAGGUGCUCAGUGCCCUAUGCUCCAUGUGCAGUGCACAGGCCAAAGCACCAUUCUUUUCAUGUUCAUUAGAAAGAACAUGGGGCUAGAUACAAUGUGGGAAUGAGCCUCUGAGCUGGGAGCGUCCAAGAAUGGCUAAGGCUGGAGCCCAGGGUGAAGAGUGAGGCCAGGGGAUGGGUGGUAGGCACAGAGCUGGCUCUUAGUAGCUGCUGGGUCCUGGAAGAGCUGGGCUACGUGGCCAUCUCUGUCCCUGCUGCUUGUGUGGUGUUCCUGACAUCUGUCCUUCAGGGGGAAUGGGCUCCUUUCCACUAAGAGAAAGGCUGGUCAGGACUCUGACCACCAGAGCAGGAGACGAAAUACUAGACCAGGUUUCCCCUUUGACUUGCUGUCCGAUGGUCAGCCAGCAUGCCUGGAGCUGAGCUCCUGCAGAGUUGGUGCUGAUGGCUGGACUGCCGGGAAGCCACCUCUUCCAGCAUUCUCCAGGAGAAGCUUUCUUCUUUUCUGGCAGCCUGUCCUCCCUGUCAACCAGAUCCACUGGGCCUGGGUCAAAUUUCGUUUCUUCCAACUUUCUUAGGUAUAGGCAGCUCUGCCCAGUGGCGUUAUCAGGGCCGUAGGGAAGCCGAGAGGAAGCUGACUGGGUUCCUGUCAGACUGUCUACCCCUGAAGCCUGGUCUGGCUGGCUCAGCAGCCUCUGUUCCCAAGUAACCUUUGCUCUGGUUGAGGAACCUUCCAUAGGUAUGCCCACGUUUAGUAAAGUUCACCACAUUUCCUAAACACCUCUGGGCACACAUUUUUAAGCCCAAAUCUUUUCCAGAGUUCUUAUGAAUUAGUCUUACAGGAAGAGAGGUGUGGCCCAGGGUCACCUGUGGAGAGGUAAGACUCUGGUUGGUCUAGGUCUUGCCCCACUAGCGCUGUCCCUAAGGACCUGGCAGCAUGCUGAGUCAUGGCCCCCAUGGUUUCUGGUGCUGCUCAAGGCCUAGGGAAGCCUGUGUUUGUCAGGAGAGUCCCAACCCAGACAGACCAGCUGCACCAACCCUGCCGGCCCUGGAAGAUGGGGCAUUCGUGCCCAGAGCAUUGGCACCUUCCCAGGUGCCUGGUGCCGAUUCCUCCUUCCUGCUCCUCUGGGAGCUUUGGGUUCAGGAAUGUGCGGGUGUCCUUGUCUUUUCAAAUUCACAUAAGUGGUAGCCAGGCGAGUAUUUGACACGUGAAUGUAUAAAAAGUUACCAUAAAACUUUAUAGCUCAGCCCUCCACAGAGGAGAUAUAUGGGCCCUGUGGUCUUAGGUUUGUUGCCCCCAAGUCACUGUGGUCAGUCAGGCCAGCAUCGUUUUCAGCUCAGAGCUGAGAAGGCCACACUUUGGCAGGCCCAGUGGGUCACCAUGGGGCCCGUGUUGGCCCAGAGUGACUGCCAUGCUGAGCUCUCUGGGCUGAGGGCGGACGGCACCCACUGCACUGGCCACAGAGCCCGCCUGUUUUCUUUCAGGGCUCUUUUUACCUAUGAAGGCAACAGCAAUGACAUUCGCGUGGCUGGCACUGGGGAGGGGGGCCUGGAGGAGAUGGUGGAGGAGCUCAACAGCGGGAAGGUGAUGUACGCGUUCUGCAGGGUGAAGGACCCCAACUCCGGCCUGCCCAAGUUUGUUCUCAUCAACUGGACGGGCGAGGGUGUGAACGACGUGCGGAAGGGUGCGUGUGCCAACCACGUCAGCACCAUGGCCAGCUUCCUGAAGGGAGCCCACGUGACCAUCAACGCGAGGGCUGAGGAGGAUGUGGAACCUGAGUGCAUCAUGCAGAAGGUGGCCAGGGCCUCAGGUGCCAACUACACCUUCCACAGGGAGAGCGGCCGAUUCCAGGACACAGGCCCCCAGGCCCCAGUGGGCUCUGUGUACCAGAAGACCAAUGCUGUGUCUGAGAUCAAGAGGGUCGGCAAAGACAGCUUCUGGGCCAAAGCGGAGGAGGAGGAGGAGGCACGGCGGGCAGAGGAGAAGCGGCGGGUGGAGCAGGAGCGGCAGCAGCUGGAACGGGAGCGCCGGGAGCGGGAGCUUCAGGAGGCCGCCCGCAGGGAGCAGCGCUACCAGGAGCAAGGCCGAGAGGCUAGCCAGAGGAAGUGUGAGCAGCAGGAAGUGGUUUCAAGGAGCAGAGAGGAGCAGGAACCUGGUCAACAGUCAGCACACCCACGGGAGAUUUUCAAGCAGAAGGAGAGAGCCAUGUCCACCACAUCUGUCUCCAGCCCCCAGCCAGGCAAACUGAGGAGCCCCUUCCUGCAGAAGCAGCUCGCCCAACCAGAGAGCCCCCUCAGCGGAGAGGUGACUCACACUGCCUCAAGGCCCAGGGCAGGUCUGUGUGAGGAACCGGUGCCCAGUGCCCCUGCAUGUCCAGUGCAGGCAGAAGAGGAGGCCGUAUACGAGGAGCCCCCAGAGCAGGAGACCCUCUAUGAGGAGCCCCCAAUGGUGCAGCAGCAAGAUGCUGGCUCUGUGCACAUGGAUCACUACCCGGGGCUGAGUGGGAAGGGGCUCUGUGCCCGUGCCCUGUACGACUACCAGGCAGCUGACGAGACCGAGAUCUCCUUUGACCCUGAGAACCUCAUCACGGGUAUCGAGGUGAUCGAUGAAGGCUGGUGGCGUGGCUACGGGCCCGACGGCCACUUUGGCAUGUUUCCCGCCAACUAUGUGGAGCUCAUUGAGUGAGGGCCGUGCCUGGGGCCAAGGCUCAGGCCAUCCUCCCCCACCCCCACGUGGUCUCAUUGCUGGAGGUGGCAGUGUGAGGGUUGCAUAUGGUCUUCUUCCAGGAAUGGGCCCCAACUGCAGCAAUAACCUAGUGACUCCCACACACUUCUAGCAGCCCCAACAGGCAGGGACUCCCGCCUUUUCCCUGUCCUCGCAGCUCUGAGGGGUGGUGGCUCCCACUGCCAGUGACCAGGGGAGACAUAGCUGGUCUUUCUGGGUCCUGCUCGGUGCUCCUGUGUCUGUUCCUCUGCCUGGGCUGUGUGUGGGGACAGGGGCGACCAAGCCCCCAUCAGUAUGGAAGCAUCAGCAGAUACUUCUGUGUGGCUCACUCUUGCUUGCUGGCCCUGGUGGGGACACCUGCCAUCUUCCCCAUGUCCCAGUCUGCUCUGGGAGUCAGAAUUGACCCACACAGGCCCUGGCUCUGAUACCCACUGUUAUAACCUGACGGUCCCGUAUGAAGCAGCCCCUUCCUGGUGUCUGGUGCUAGUGGGUGUGCACCUCGGACUAGCCGGCUGCAGCCACCUGGAAGAGGCGUAAAGGUUAACAUGUGAUCUAUGUUCCUCUCUCUCCCCCCUGUCCCCCUCCCUUUCCCUCAUAUCAAUAAAAACAUAUUUAAAAAAAUAAAA